AUGAAGAACGUUACGGCGUUAUUGCAGGGAUGGGUCAAAGGCGAGACAAGCGACGACGCGGCGAAUGAGGCGCUCAAGUUCCUCAUCCACUUUUUCGGAGACGCGCAUCAGCCGAUGCAUAUGACUGGCCGAGAACGUGGUGGGAAUCAGGUUAAAGUGGCGUUCGGGGGAAAACAAACCACAUGGGACGACUCCCUCAUCACCAAAGUCAUAUCCACAAUUCCGCAAAACUACACCCUCCCACUGCCCUACCCGGAAAUCGAACAAGCCCUCCGCGGGGCUUCCUACGACCCUUACAUCCGGCGUAUCAUCUGGGAAGGCAUCUUACAAAAAUGGGCUGACGAAAUUCCAGGCUGGCUGUCCUGCCCAGACGCGGUCAAGCGGACUUUCGUUGACUCCCAGAUUGCGUUGGGUUUGGAGGGAACAACCGGCAUUGAGAUUCUACCAGACAACGACGUGCUGUGUCCUUACCACUGGGCCAGACCGAGCCACGACCUCCUCUGCGACGGUGUUUGGCUAAAGGAGGUCGACGAGCCGCCUUAUAGACGAACUGACGACAACCCACAUCCACCAUUACUGGAACUUGAAACUCCAGCUUAUUCCGGGAUGAUUGGGCAACGAUGGCUCGUCGAGAAACAGCUGGCGCUUGGCGGGCUCCGCUUGGCUGGUUUAUUCAACUAUAUCUUUGCCGACCAGGGUCAAAGGGGCGCUUUCAUCGAGGAGUUUUGA